AUGAUUUGCAAUAUUGUACGAUUAUUAAUAUUUACAUUAUUAGUAAAUAUUAUAUUUGGCUUUUCUACAACAUCAAAUGACAAUCGACGACUUUAUCAAUUGUUAAAACAACGUUCAGCUGAAAAUGAUAACGAAUAUGUUUGGUUUACACGAGAUAUUCAUCAAAGAAUCAAUGAUGAAGAAAUGAAAGCAAAUGAAAAUGAUUUAUUUCAUCCAAAAAUCUCCAACAAUAUCAAACAUCAAAAGUAUCCAAAUGUUAAAAAUUCUAUCUAUGAAUAA